AUGCACGGAUCAAAAAGGGAUAGAUUGAAAUCAGCCAAACAAAAACUGUUGGGCGCAUGUAUGAGUGAGAACUGGACCUGGGGCUGGGCUUGGCUGGCUGAGACGCCAAAAUCCGGACACACGGCGAUGCCGAGGCCUCGACUCACGACGAACAUGCAGGCCGUCAGGCAGGCAGGCAGGCAGGCAGACAGGCUGGAAGACGAGGAAUCGCGACCGGACGGCGAACAGGGUCCAGGCAGCUUGCUAGCCUUCCCGCGGAUGGUAACCUCCGGCGGGGGUCCGGCAUCCACCCGUGGGAUUUACUUGGGGGGUUUUUUUGUACCUCUCGUGUCGAUCGCAGCUAUCUCCUCCGAGGACGAGUUGGUUAACAUCUCCUGGGUGGUGGAUUGGUCUCGCCGAGUACCGUUGUUUUCAUACUAA